AUGUCGAAUGAUAAACUUGCAUGCCUAACGUGUCACAAAACGAAAGUGACGUACAAUUGUGAUGGAUGUUCAAGCAGAUUUUGUUAUGAACAUUUGGGUGAACAUCGACAAGAAUUAAACGGAGAAUUAGAAGGUUUUAUCAAUGAUUAUAAUGAAUAUCAACAAAUGAUUAUUGAACAGAAUGAAAAUAAACAAAAUGCGUUAUUAUCUGAACAAAUUGAUCGAUGGGAAACGGAAGCGAUUGAAAAAAUCCAACAAACAGCGAAAGAGUGUCGACAAAGACUUUCUCAAUGUACAAAAGCAUUUGUGAAUGAAAUUAAAGAAGAAUUUUGUCAAUUGAAUGAAAAAAUAAAGCAACACAAAGAAGAUGGAUUUGACGAAAUGGAUUUGAAUGACUUGAAAACCGAAUUACAAGAGAUUACCGAUGAAUAUCUCGAUUCAUCGAACAUUUCCCUUCGACAUCACUCGCCGACUUUUAUUCAGCGUAUUUCAGUCAUGUCGAAUUUAAAAUUGAAACACAAGAAAUGGAAGCCAAAUGCAAUUACUAUAGUUGGAAAAGACGGAUGUGGCGAUGCAUUAAAUCAGAUCUUCAAGCCUUCAGCGAUCGCCAUUGAUCAAAAUAAAACGCUGUAUAUUGCUGAUAGAGGGAAUCGUCGCAUUGUUCGGUGGAAGUGUGAUGCAAAUGAAGGUCAGAUCAUUGCAGGUGAAAAUGAAGCGGAACAAGAAAGUUAUCAAUUGUCUAAUUCAAUAAAUAUGAUCAUCGAUGAAACUAACUCAUCACUUAUUAUCGCUGAUAGAAAUAACAGACGAGUAAUUCAGCAUUUUCAUCGAGAUCCAUCGUAUUUACAAAAUCUUAUUAAUAAUAUUGAUGGCUAUAGUGUAAGCAAAGAUAAAUAUGGAUGUCUUUAUGUUGCUGAUGUGAAGAAACAUGAAGUGAGACGAUGGAGAAUUGGUGAUCAGCAAGGCAAGUUAGUAGCUGGUGGAAAUGGACAAGGAAACAGACUUAAUCAACUGAACUGUCCCACUUACAUAUUCGUUGAUGAUGAACAAUCUGUUUAUGUUUCUGAUCGAGGUAAUAAUCGUGUGAUGAAGUGGGAAAAAUAUGCAGAGCAAGGUGAAAUAGUAGCUGGUGGCAACGGUAGAGGAGCUGGUCUUAAUCAAUUAAGCGCACCUGGAGGAUUAGUUGUUGAUCAAUGGGGAGGUAUCUUUGUGGUAGAUUGUGACAAUCAUCGAAUAAUGCGUUGGUAUGAAGACGACGAGAAGGGAUCGAUUAUCGCCGGUGGACAUGGUAAUGGAAUUGAAGAAAACCAACUAGAUCGCCCAUCAACGUUAUCAUUCGAUUUAGAUGAGAAUCUCUAUGUUGCUGAUUAUCAUAAUAGUCGCAUUCAAAAGUUCGAGUUGAUGAUCGAUUAA